AUGCCAGGAGUUAAUUUGGAUCCAGCCUUUUGUGAUGACAUAAGGGUCUGUGGAGAAGAUCCUUUAAUACCGCCGCAACUUUUGCUCUCAGAAAUACCACCCACACACAAAUCAAUGGAUACAGUCCUUCAGGGUCGGAGAGAAGCAAUCGAGAUCAUAAAUGGCAUGUCUGAUCGACUCCUGGUAGUUGUCGGCCCUUGCUCUCUCCACGACCCUAUAACCGCUCUCGAUUAUUGUCGAAAGCUCAAAAAAAUUUCUGAUGAGCUUUCGGAUGAUCUGAGUAUCAUCAUGCGAGCAUAUCUUGAAAAACCUAGAACAACGGUAGGAUGGAAAGGUCUUAUCAAUGACCCAGACAUUAAUGACACUUUCAUGAUUAACAAAGGCUUGCGAAUUAGUCGUCAGCUAUUUUGUGAUCUUACAACCAUGGGAAUGCCAAUUGCAACAGAAAUGCUAGACACUAUAUCGCCUCAAUUCUUAGCAGAUCUCAUAUCUCUAGGGGCUAUCGGCGCGAGAACUACAGCAUCACAGCUCCACCGAGAGCUUGCUUCUGGUCUUUCUUUCCCGGUUGGGUUCAAAAAUGGUACUGAUGGUAGCUUGAGCGUUGCCAUUGAUGCCAUUGGCGCAGCGUCCACUAAGCACCACUUUAUGGGUGUUACCAAGCAAGGACUUGCUGCCAUAAUAAGAACGAAUGGAAACGAGCAUGGAUUUGUGAUCCUACGAGGCGGUACAAAAGGUACAAACUACGACGCAGAAAGUGUUAAACAAGCCAAGGAUGACCUAUCAAGGAAAGGACAGCGGCAAUCUAUCAUGAUAGAUUGUUCUCAUGGAAAUUCCAAUAAGGAUCACCGCAACCAACCAAAGGUUGCGCGAGUGAUUGGUGAUCAGAUUCGUAGUGGAGAAAAAGCAAUCAUCGGGAUAAUGAUUGAGUCAAACAUAAAUGAGGGUAAUCAAAAAAUACCGGUAGAGGGGCCAUCAGCCUUAAAAAAGGGCGUCAGCAUAACUGACGCUUGUAUUGAUUGGGAAACGACUUCCUGUGUAUUAAGAGAUCUUGCCGAGGCUGUUAGAGUUCGUCGCAGCCUUCACCAGCGAUCACCGUCUCCCCAGUAA